AUUCAGUGUGACCGGUGCCAUAAGUAACAGUGAAGUUAGUGCUGCCUGUGCAUUCUGCUUCGAGUGUUUGAGCGUUCACCUUUCAGACAUGGAAGCCGAAGAGGAAUGUGAAAUUGGUGAUCAGAAAACCGUUCGUGUAUACGCUGAUGGCAUUUACGACCUCUUUCAUUUCGGCCAUGCCCGUUCUCUUGAGCAAGCCAAAAAACUGUUUCCAAACACAUAUCUGCUUGUUGGAUGCUGCAAUGAUGAGAUCACACACAAGUAUAAGGGAAAAACUGUUAUGACUGACAAGGAACGCUAUGAAUCUCUUCGCCACUGCAGGUGGGUUGAUGAAGUUAUACCAGAUGCGCCAUGGGUAAUCACGCAGGAAUUCAUUGACAAGCAUCAAAUUGACUAUGUGGCUCAUGAUUCUCUUCCUUAUGCUGAUACAAGUGGAGCUGGAAAGGAUGUCUAUGAAUAUGUUAAGUCUAUUGGAAAGUUUAAGGAAACAAAGCGGACUGAUGGAAUUUCUACUUCAGAUAUCAUAAUGAGAAUAAUCAAAGAUUAUAAUCAGUAUGUAAUGCGUAACUUGGACCGUGGUUAUACCAGAAAGGAUCUGGGUGUCAGCUAUGUCAAGGAGAAGAGGUUGAGAAUGAACAUGGGACUUAAAAAAUUGCGUGAGAGAGUGAAGAAGCAGCAAGAGACAGUGGGAAAGAAGAUGCCGAUCGAUUGGUAGCUGGUUUCCUCGAAAUGUUUGAAGAAGGCUGCCACAAAAUGGGAACAGCAAUCAGAGACAGAAUUCAAGAAAGAUUGAGAGCGCAGCAGAUAAAAUCUCUUCUUUAUGAUGAGUGGGAAGAAGAUGAUGAUGAUGAUGAAUUUGGUGAUGAUGAAUCUGCAGAGUACUGCAGUAGUUGAAGUGACAAACAAGCUUUGUGUAUUUCCAGAUUCAACACCAUUCCUUUAAUUAAGCUAUCCUUUAAGAUAUAUGCAAGAUGAUCUGGACAUAAUUUGUCUACUUUAAACAUUA